AUGUCUUCGUCCUUAACCACCAUGACCUCCAACCACCCAGAUGUUCCCUCAAAACGGCGUCGAACAAGCAGCAUUCCCAAUGCAAAUGGGAUGACCCAACCACAGCUUGUCUCCCAGAACCCGAUUCCUGUGGAGGGAUCUCCACAACAAGGGCUCUCCCCAGUCUCCCCGCAGCCGUCAUCUACGCACAUUCCAAAACGAGGUGCACGAGCUUGCACCGCAUGCAGAAAGGGUAAAAACAGAUGCGAAGGCGAGCCCCCCUGCCGUCGAUGUAGACAGAACAAUACACCCUGUAUAUUCGAGAAGCCGGAGAAGAAAGCUAUCCAGCCAUUGCCCACUGCGAGCGUCGAGCGUUUGACCCGUCUCGAAGGGCAGUAUUUGGUUAUGCAAAGCCAGAUGAUUGGAAUGCAGUCCUCAUUGGACCGCAUUUUAUCCGCCAUUCAACAACCCAACAACCAGCAACAACACCAGGCCUAUCAGCAGUCUGUCGACGCAGGACCUAGUCGCGAGGGCAACCUCAGCUACCAGCAGCGUAGCCAGUUUCCUCCACUCCCAGGUUUUGCUCCCCCACCACAUAAAUAUGCCACCUAUGGCAUCGUACCCAGCACCAUUUCGUCAUCCGAUGAUGAAUCCGAGGGUACACUGCCACGCGCUACCAUUGGUACACCUAUCGAGGCUCUCCAGGGCCUUGCCAAUGCUGCUGCAGAAGCAGCGGCAGCCCCGUGUGCUGCUUCACCAACAGUGAAAAAGCGACCGCGGCCUGAGCCUAUUCCCCGAAAUGCUUUCCCUCAUGUCGUCGAAAAAGGAUUGGUCUCGGAAGACGAGGCAAGACAACUCUUCAGCAUCUUUUUUACAGGUUGUCAUUUGUUCAUCCCAUUAUUCGAUCCGAGUUACGAUACCUUCGAAAGUCUCAUGGAACGUACUCCUUGGACCUUUGAUUCUAUCCUCGCAAUCUCGUCGAAAGUCAAGAGCGGAAAUGGACCGCUGCCUCCUACUUUUUACAAGUGUUUGGAGGAAGCACAGGGUAUCGCAAGGUCGUCCCUUUUCUGUCCUGUCGUUAGAAAGGAAGCCGUAAUAGGGAUGUUGUUACUUGCUGCUUGGAGCACCAAUGGCUGGCUUCCGAGCGGCCAUGCGAUGCGCAUAGCCCUAGACCUUGGCUUACACCGUGCCCUUGACAAGCUUAACGACGAUAGUGGCAAGAAAAGAUCGGACGAGGAAGAGAGAGACCUUGUUGUUGCGGCACGAAUUUGGUUAUGCCUUUAUUGGUUCGAUCAUCAAAUGAGCUUGGGGACUGGCAGGCCUAUUCUCUUGCGAGACGAGAGUUCUAUUAAACACUGUCGUAUUCUCCUGACACAUCGCAUGGCGUCCCCGACGGACAUCCGACUUAUAUCAAUGGUUGAGCUUAUCGGUCAAAAGACUCAGAUAUACGAGACGCUUGCAACUCUCAAUGGACAUAUCAAUCACAACACACUUGCCUUCAUCCGAAGGGCCAAUGCUGCCCUUGACAAAUGGUUUGCCGACUGUGACGAGCUCCACCGCCAGGCGAUGGAUGAGGAAUCUCUGAUUCGCAAGAUUCUUGUGAGUGAGCUUCAUUAUGCCAAGUUGUGGCUCGUCUGCGUUGCGUUGCGCGGUGUGUCAUGGGACAAGAUGUCUUUUGAGCAGCGAGAGUUGGCUUUUCAGGCCAAAGAUGCGGCUUUCAAUUGCUUAUCGGUCUUUUUAGAUUCAGCCGAGUAUAGAGCUGCUCUUCGAUAUGCAGUACACGACAUUCUCAUCAUGCUCGCAUUUUCUGGUCUUUUCCUGUUGAAGGUGGCCAGUCUCUUCCAUUCCGAGGUGGAUUUAGCCGCAAUCAUAGGACAAGUCGAACAGUUAGCUCAGCUAUUAUCUGGUGUUGCAGCAGAGCGUUACGCACUCCCUUUACGCAUCAUGCUCACGAACCUCCGCCGCAAACUGGGAAUGAUUCCAGCUACUCACAACAUGCCUCCACCCGUCCCAGAUGGCAUGCCUGCUGCACCAUGCGUUGAUCCGCAGAUUUCGCAAAGCGUUAUGCCGUCGUUGACAGCAGAGGAACUGCGUCUCACGCAUCAAGGGAAUGAUUUCGGCUCAUCAAAACCUACCGCGAUUCCGUUAUGGUUGCAAGAACAGAGCCUUGAUGACCUUGGCCUUCCGGUAAACGGAUCGGACGGUAUCUUUCUGACUAUAAGUGACACGGACGGGUGGUUUGGGGAACUUGUUCCUGUGCCUGAAGCCUGGUGAUGAAAUUGUUUUCACUUCCAUCUUUGCUGGUCUGUUUUGAUCGUCCAGAUGCCCACAUGAUUGGUUGCGAAAAUCAUGUAUCUUUGUUUACUCCUUAACUGACUGUUAUGUACGAUCUCUUAUUUUCACGUCGUUUAGUUGCCUCGCAGAAGCCCUCCUGCAGGGUGUCCGCAUCUAUUCUUGGGUAUCGAUAUUAUGGGUACGAUGUAGCGUCAUGUGAAAUAUACUUCCGAGGGUAGAAAACGCAAGAUAUCAUGAAUUCGUUCAGACUUCAUCGGUCAUCCUCAGAAGUACAAUUAAAUGUGCUAAAGCGGGCUGAAGAGGAAGGGAAAAGAGUCCACUACAUUGCCUAAAACCACAUGAUUAUCUGGAGCCUAUCAUUCCUCAUCUCCACUGUCUUCCUGUUCUUGGAGGAACUGGGC